CAUGAGCGGACACAACAGACGCAGAAUCCUGAAUGAUCGACCCGUGAUAGGUAUCUUGGUGCAGCUUGCCCGCGAGGAACUGACGUUUAGAGCAAAGAUGUACAUAGCAGCUCCCAACGUGAAGCACCUGGAGUCGGCUGGCUGCCGGGUGACACCUGUCAGAUUGUACCUCAGUGAGUCUGAAUAUGAACGGAUAUUUUAUUCAAUAAAUGGCAUCCUGCUCCCCGGGGGGGCCGUGGACAUCCAGAGCUCGGAGUUCGCCCGGGUUUCCGGAAUCUUCUACAGGCUGGCGAUCCAGGCCGGUGACCGGGGCGACUAUUUCCCGGUGUGGGGCACGUGUCUGGGCCACCAGCUUCUGACGGCGCUCACCGCCGGUCUCAACCUGCUCCGCCUUACGGAUAGCGGCAACGCGGCGCUGCCGCUCCACUUCACCCCCGAAAUAAAAAGCUGCCGAAUGUUCCGUGAUUUCCCGCCGGAGAUGAUGAGAGCUUUAGGGGAAAACUCUCUGACCGGACACUUCCACAAGUACAGCAUCACCCUGGACGACUUCGAGGCGAACGAGAAGCUGCGCUCCUUCUACAGGGUCGUCUCCACCAACACUGACCCACAAGGAAUCACCUUCGUCUCCACCAUGGAAGCGAUCCGCUAUCCAAUUUACGGCACACAGUGGCAUCCGGAAGCCAACAGAUAUUUCUGGAAGAAGAAUUUUGAUUUUCUGCACUGUCCCCUGGGAGUCAGGAUGUCCUACCUAUUGGCAGAGUUCUUUGUAAAUGAAGCCAGAAAGAGUCUUCAUUGCUUUGAGAGCAGAGAGGAGGAGGAGGCUGCCUUAAUCAACAGUUGUAUACCUACCUAUGUACAAACUAAAAAGUGUGGCCGUAUUAUCUAUAAGUUUGAUUAGGUGUCUUUGCUAGAGUGUCUUGGUCUAUCUGUAGAUAUUCUUGUCCUUUAGAAAGAUCCUGGAAUGUUGAAAUAAGGCUGUGUGCUCAAGGAAUGUGCUGAGGAGUUAGCAGAUGUGCUAACAGACAUCUUUAACAUCUCCCUUAGUCAAGCCAUUGUCCCCACAUGCCUCAAAACUUCCACGAUAAUCCCCAUAGCGAAGAAACCAGUGGUUGCCUGCGUAAAUGACUACCGCCCAGUCGCCCUGACCCCAAUAAUAAUGAAGUGUUUGAACGCCUGGUGAAACCCCACAUUGGUGCCAGCCUCCCCUCAUCGUUAGACCCCCUCCAGUUUGCCUAUCGCCCCAACCGUUCUACAGAGGAUGCCAUCUCUACCACGCUGCACACAGUACUCACGCAUCUGGAAAACAAAAACACAUACGCCAGAAUCCUGUACAUUGACUUCAGCUCAGCGUUUAACACCAUCAUCCCACAGAGACUUGUGGAGAAACUAACCCUGCUGGGCCUCAACACCACCCUGUGUCACUGGAUCUUGGACUUUCUGACAGAGAGACCGCAGUCAGUCCGUGUUGGCAAGAACACUUCAGGCUCGAUCACGCUGAGCACCGGCUCCCCUCAAGGCUGUGUGCUCAGCCCGCUGUUGUUCACAUUGCUCACACAUGACUGUGCUGCCAGAUUCAGGGACAAUAAGAUCAUAAAAUUCGCGGAUGACACUACAGUGGUGGGACUCAUCAGUGGAGAUGACGAAUCAAUGUACAGGGAGGAAGUAGAACAACUGGUGGACUGGUGCGGCAAAAAUAAUCUAGAAUUGAAUGUCGACAAAACUAAGGAGAUGGUUGUCGACUUCAGGAGGGCGCAGCCAAAGCAUACACCCCUCAACAUCAGUGGCACGGCAGUGGAGAGAGUGGAGAGCAUAAAGUUCCUUGGUGUGCAAAUUACGGACAGCCUCACCUGGUCCAGGAACACCACUGGGACCGUCAAACGGGCCCAUCAGCGACUGCACUUCCUGAGGAAACUAAAACAGGCCUCACUCCCCACCAACAUCCUCAGGACUUUCUACAGGGGUACGGUGGAGUCUGUACUCAUGUACUGCAUAAAUACGGGUACUGCACCUGCAACUGCUCGGACAGGGAGGCUCUGCAGUGGGUAGUGAGGGGAGCAGAGGAUCAUUGGCGUCUCCCUACCCUCGGUACAAGAACUGUUCCAGAGCCGCUGUCUGAAAAAAUCUCAGAGAAUUGCUAAGGACAAACUGCACCCCCUCCACAUACACCUGGAUCUCCUGCCGUCAGGCAAGAGAUAUCGAAGCAUCAAAGCCCGGACUACAAGACUGCUAAACAGCUUCCUACCAUAGGCUGUGAGGCUGCUAAACAGUCACUCUGUACUCACAAUCACUUGAUUCUGCGGCUUGCACGGACACUUUAAUAACUGGCACUGGCCACUCAAAUCAGCUGCCCCGGACAUUUUUUUAAGAUUUGCUUAUUGAAUUUUAACAUUGUGUUUUUAUCUGCUUUUAACUAUUUAUACUGUCCCAUCAGGGACUGGAUUGUUUUUAGUGUUAUUAUGUGUGUAAUGUUUUAAAUUUCAUGUGCGAUGCUCCGCUAUUCACUGGGAAAUGUCUUUUCAUUUUGCACUGUACAACUGUUGCUUGCAAGAUGACAAUAAAGAUUGAUUGAUUGAUUGA